CAGAUCGACCAGCAGCAGCCUCUGUGCUGUGGUAAAAGCCUCCUCGUUCCAAUCCAGGUCGUCGCCGACGACUUGCCAUGGUCUGGGGAAAAGUCCAACUGCCGGCGCGCCCUUGGUGCAGUGCAGGCAGAAGUAGUCAACCGAACAACAUAUAAAAAUGCAAGCGACCGCGCCGUCCAAUUGAAGACUCGCGCCGUGCGUAUCGCCCCGAAGCUUGGUGCCGAUGGCGACCACGCCGACGCAGCGCUACGCGGCGGGGGCGCUGCUGGCGCUCGCGCUCCGCCAAGCGCAGAUCCACCAGUCCGCCCCACUCGGCGGCUCCCCCGGCGACGACGAGGAGCGCGCCAGUAGCGCCAGCGGCAGCUCCUCCAACGGCAGCAGCGUCGGGGACGCCGCCUCCGACGCCGACCUCUGGACGCACGACUCCCGCGGCCUCCUCCGCCCCGUCUUCAGGUUCCUGGAGAUCGACCCCAGGGCGUGGGCUGGGCUGGAGGAGACUUCGGCGUCGCCUGAGGCCAAGCAUCACAUCGGAGCGUUUCUGAGGAUAAUCUUUGAAGAAGAUGGUGAAAGUUCUUCGGACAGAUCACAACAGGAACUUGCCUUGGCAAAAUCAGUUGAUGUGAUGGUAAUGAGUCUGGGUAAUGACACAGUAUCAGAUGAGACAAAUGAAGAGGACAGUCAAGAUCCCACAACUUGUAGCUCCGAAACGGCUGAAUCCUCAGAAGCAGGCUCUUCUGAGAACUUGCUUGGAGUUGACAAGUUGUCCUUAGAUGACGUUCCUGCUGACAAUCACCGGAAGAUGGCAUUGCUCUACAUGCUUCUCUCUGCCUGUGUGGCUGAUAAACCUGUAUUGCAAGAGGAAGAGGACAGGAAAUCUUCUCACUUCAGGAAGGGCUAUGAUGCUCGGCAUCGUGUUGCUCUCCGUUUGCUAGCUACAUGGCUUGAUGUGAAGUGGAUCAAAAUGGAAGCUAUGGAGGUAAUGGUCGCAUGCUCUGCCAUGGCUGCAGCCAAAGAGCAAGAACAAAAACGAGAAAAUGCAUCACCGAAAAGCAAAUGGGAAAAAUGGAAGCGUGGGGGAAUUAUUGGAGCAGCUGCCUUGACUGGUGGAGCGUUGCUGGCUAUUACAGGGGGUUUAGCUGCACCAGCUAUUGCUGCAGGAUUUGGUGCUCUAGCUCCAACACUCGGCACACUUGUCCCUUUUAUAGGAGCUAGUGGAUUUGCUGCUAUGGCUGCUGCAGCAGGAUCUGUUGCUGGCUCUGUGGCAGUUGCUGCCUCAUUUGGAGCCGCUGGGGCUGGCUUGACGGGGAGCAAAAUGGCGAGGCGAAUUGGAAGUGUGAAAGAAUUUGAGUUCAAACCUAUUGGUGACAACCACAAUCAGGGUCGCCUUGCGGUUGGUAUCUUGGUUUCUGGAUUUGCUUUUGACAAGGACGACUUCCGCAGACCUUGGGAAGGAUGGAAGGAUAACCUAGAGAAGUACAUCCUUCAAUGGGAGUCUAAGCAUAUAAUUGCAGUGAGUACAGCAAUACAGGAUUGGCUGACAUCAAGACUUGCAAUGGAAUUGAUGAAGCAAGGUGCAAUGAGAACUGUCCUAAGUGGCCUUCUUGCAGCAUUUGCUUGGCCUGCUACAUUGCUUGCAGCUACAGAUUUUAUUGAUAGUAAAUGGUCCAUUGCCAUUGACAGAUCAGAUAAGGCAGGAAAAAUGCUUGCUGAAGUGCUUCUAAAGGGUCUGCAAGGGAACAGGCCCGUGACUCUUGUUGGGUUUUCGCUGGGGGCACGUGUUAUCUUCAAGUGUUUACAGGAGCUAGCUUUAUCAAGUGAUAAUGAGGGACUAGUUGAGAGGGUUGUACUCCUAGGCGCACCAGUUUCAGUGAAGGGUGAGCUGUGGGAGCCUGCCAGGAAGAUGGUUGCUGGAAGAUUUGUGAAUGUGUACUCCAGAGAUGACUGGAUUCUGGGUGUUACCUUUCGUGCAAGCCUGCUAACCCAAGGAUUGGCUGGCAUCCAGGCCGUUGAUGUUCCUGGUGUCGAAAAUGUUGAUGUUACCGAGCUUGUUGAUGGCCAUUCGUCCUACCUGUCAGCUGCCCAACAGAUCCUGGAACAUCUUGAAUUAAAUACAUACUAUCCUGUUUUCAUCCCCCUACCGGCAGUCAGCAAAUAACAGAUGUACCAGUUGCAUAGUAGCAGGUUUGAGAGAAGAUUGUGCAUAUCCUACGGUAAAGAACUUCUGAAUUUACUAAAUAUGUAACUGUUAUUGAGAGUUGAGACGACAAACUAAAGGAAGCUAACCGUAACCAGCGACGUAUUUCUGACCGUAUCGACAAAAUCGUCAUUUUCUGC